GAUUGAUUACAAUAUUAUGGCGACAAUCAAAACAUUGAAAUCGCGAGUCUUUUAGUGUCAGUUAAAUCGUAAAUUCAAAACUCAAUUAAAUGUUUACAAAAUGGGUUUAUUGUGCUGUUGUUUCAGACCUAAACUCUUUAGGCUUGAAAGGAGUGUUAAAAUAGAGGAGAAGAACAGAUCAUACGAUGUGGUUAACGACAUAUCGAUUGAUAACAACCCGACGAUCAGUUCAUCUGUCUAUCAGACGCCGACAGUGGGUUUGAGUGAACAGAAUCUGUUUGAUAUAACAGUGCAGACAAUGGCGGCGAAGAUGAUCAAUAUCCCGGCCCAUAGCGAACAGUUGCCACAAACACUCCUCAGAGACAAACAGAAGACUUACGCCCGAAAAGUAUUAUCCAUAAGAAAUCCUCUUCCGCUCCGAUCCAGCGCUCAGAUGACUAAAUCAAAGUCAGAGCCCAAUAAUGUUACGAUUCAAGAGAGAUGCGAAUCAAUUGAUUGUAUUCGCGAAGAAGACCUGAAACUGAUCCGCAAAUUCAGCCAAAUGUCGAGUAAUGCCAUUAAAAAAGGUUUUAGUUUCUGGUCGGAAGAGCCCAUUGUUGUCAAAUUUAACCCAAACAACGAUCACAAACAUUAAAUCUUCUAAUUAAUAUACAGCAGGUAUUUGUAUUGAAAACCUAUUUUAAUAAAUUUAACCAUAAUUU